UAACAUGAAAGUGCAUGACAUAACUAUGGAUGAAAUUUACAAUAUCAUAGACAAGUUGCCAAACACUUGAAGGGAUGUUAAACAUACCCUUAAACAUAAAAAGGAAGAGAUUACUCUCUCGGAACUCGCUCAACAUCUUCAAGUUGAAAGUUCAAAGGGGGACAAUCCCAAUCUUUCAACCUUAACAUGGUGAUAGAUAAUGAAAAGGCUUCAACAAGUGGAGACAAGAGGAAGAAAUCACAAAAUCCCAAAGGAAAAGACAUGAAAAAGGUUAAUGAUAAUGCUUGUUGGGAAUGUGGAAAGCCCGGACAUCGCAAGAAAAAUUGCUUUGUGUUUAAGAAUAAACUUAAGAAGAUGAAGGGUAAUACUUCUACAAGCAAUAACCCUCCUACUAAAGGUAAUCUUGCAAUUUUGGAUGAAAAUUCUAGUUUGAAUCUAUCUUCCAUGGAUUCUAAUGUGAAUAUUGUGCAGGAUGAUGACAUGUCUUGGUGGAUCGAUUCGGGGGCCUCGAGACAUGUGUGCAAGAGUAAACAUUGGUUUAAAACUUUGCACAAUGUUGUGGAUGGAGAGAAUCUCUACAUGGGAGAUAAUUCAUCAAUCGAAGUCCAUGGUAAAGGAUAAGUGGAACUCUUGUUUACAUCGGAAAAUACAUUAGUCCUUAGGGAUAUAUACUUUUCUCCCGAUAUUAGUAGGAAUCUUUUUUCCGGUCCUAUGUUGAAUCGAUUAGGAUAUAAGUUGGUCUUUGAAGCCGAUAGAUUUGUAAUAUCUAAGUGUAACUUUUUUAU